ACCGGGCGGUAGCAGAUGGACGCUGUCAAAAAUAUGAGUAACCUGGACCGGCUAAGCGUGUUCCUCAACGACAGGCUGACCGCAGCCGCGGCGGAGAUCCUCGGGGCCGUGAAAGAUGCGGUGGCCGAGUACCAGAGCGAGCUGCUGCGCUCCAGAGAGGAGAACGAGCGUCUCCAGAGGCUCCUGAACGCAGCCGUCCAGCGGCUGCUGCUGCAGCAGUCAGAGCCUCUCACCGUCUGUCUCCAAGAGGAAAGUCAACUCUGUGAACCCGAUGGGAGGAGCAACUUGGAGAUCGUUCCUCAAGUCAAAGAAGAAUCAACAGUUAGAAAGAUACAAAGUAGUUUUACACAUGAGGAAGCUGGGCAAUCAGAAGGAAACUGCUGCCAUAUUGCGCCGCAGGAGUCAUGUCCUCUGCCGGCCCCCGGUGUCUCCCCACUGCCACCGACAUGUGUGGAAACAAAGACGGAAAAUGCAGAGGAGGAGAACGAGAAAAAGCAGCCAACCAACAGCUUAUCGUUGCCCACGACGGUCCACGUAGACUGCAGAGCGGCCGUCUCUACCGCAAAGAGUCAGAAACCUUUAAGGAUGGACGUCCAGGGAAAGGGGACGCUUUAUUCCAACAGCAAACAGAGCAUGCACAUACUGCCGAUGAAGAACAUGAGAUCGUUGAAGCAGCCUCUGUCUCGCUCGUUUCACCCCAGCCAGAGCAACCAGAGGUGGCACUGCUGCAAAGAGUGCGGCAAGACUUUCAGCUUCGCCUGCCAGCUGGAGGUGCACAUGCGCUGGCACACCAAAGAGAAGCCGUACAGCUGUGCGGUGUGCAGGAAGAGCUUCACCACGGUGAGCAUGCUCAAGCGGCACCACCGCAUCCACACUGGGGAGAAGCCCUUCCGAUGCCACGUCUGCGGGAAAUGCUUCAACCAGUCGGCACACCUCAACACCCACUACAGGCUCCACACGAGGGAGAGGGCCAGCUGGAGCCGAGCGGCACUGUGCAAGUGAACGCUCAUCAGACGCCGGCUCACUUGUAUGAUUAAAAAUGAUUUCAUUUGCCAGAGUGCCCAUUCAAUCCCUCUAAGUCAGUGUUUCUCAAUUCCUGUCCCCAGGCAAGCCCUGUUCUGCAACGGUUGUGGUGUUUCUCUUCUGCUGCAGACCUGACUUGAACAAGUUGGUGCAUGACCUCCUCUGAUGACGUGCAGAGAAAGGUCAUGCAAUCAGGUGUUAUGAAGCAGAGACGCAUCUGAAAUACACAGAUCAGUGGCUCCUAAGGAUUGGAAUUGAGAAACACUCAUCUACAGCAAUAGUCUUGAAUUGUAUGUGUCUUUCUGUGAUAAAUAAAAUGGCUACUAAAAUCAAA